AUGUUGACAGAAUUUGAGGAACGUAUUGCUAGGAAUUAUGACCGUGCACUGCAACUUGGUGCGCUUGUGUUUAUAGAAAAUACUCUGUUGAUUUUGCCAACUGAUGGUGUGAAUUAUGAAGUUCAUUAUGCACCUAGUUUGUCUAAGAAACCAGAAGCUGCGUUGAUUCCAAAAGAGGAUAAACCAAAGAUAGAUCCUUUUGCACCUUAUGAACCUGAAUUGUUUGUACAAGAGUAUGGAGACUAUGUAGUGCUGCUGAACAAAUUCUGCGUCGUUCCUCACCAUUUAUUAAUAAUUACGAAAGAGUUCAGAUUACAGACAGAGCCUCUUUAUCCAGAGGACUUUGCUGCUAUCUGGUAUUGCAUGUCACACUUAAGUACCCCAUCGCUUGCUUUUUACAACUGUGGUGAAUCGUCUGGUGCAAGCCAGCUUCAUAAACACGUUCAAGUAAUAUCUUUAAGGACAAACUCGCCACCGAUUGAGACAUGCAUAGACGCGAUAAUAGAAAAAUCUCCAGGCAACGUUUUCGAUUUGCCUCAAUACCCAUUUGUUCAUUGCGGGAUGUUUCUUGAUCAACAAAAAAUGGUUCCGCCAUCCGAUACGGAUAGCGGUGAGGCAUGCUAUGAGCUGGUUGGCGAGUAUUUAGCUGAAGUAUUUCACAGGCUUCUUGACGAAACAAUUAGUCUACUACGAGAGCUUGCCGACGGAUCAAUUCCAUUCAAGGGUCUCUCUUACAACUUCAUUAUGACGAAAAAAUGGGUGCUGAUGGUUCCAAGGCGUAAUGAGAGCUAUCAUCACAUCUCUAUAAACUCGCUAGGAUUUGCUGGAAUGAUUUUAAUAAAGAGCGAGGAUGACUUUGAGCUAGUUAAGAAUGUUGGGACAGUAAACAUUUUGAAGGAAGUAGCAUAUGCCAAGACAUAA